UGCGCCUGAAAGUGCCGACGCGGUCAGUGGGCGCCUCCGUGUUUGCGCGGGAAGAUGGCUGAGCAGGUGCCGAAGUCGGUGCUGUUCGUGUGUCUGGGUAACAUCUGCCGAUCACCCAUUGCAGAAGCAGUUUUCAGAAAACUUGUGACUGAUCAAAACCUUUCAGAUAAGUGGGUCAUUGACAGCAGUGCUGUUUCUGACUGGAACGUGGGCCGGGCGCCAGACCCAAGAGCUGUGAGCUGCCUAAGAAAUCAUGGCAUCGACACAGCCCACAGAGCCAGACAGGUGACUAAAGAAGACUUUGCCACGUUUGAUUACAUGCUGUGUAUGGAUGAAAGCAAUCUGAGAGAUUUGACUAGAAAAAGUAAUCAAGUUAACAACAGCAAAGCUAAAAUUGAACUACUUGGGAGCUACGAUCCUCAGAAACAGCUCAUUAUUGAAGACCCUUAUUAUGGGAAUGAGUCUGACUUUGAGACCGUGUACCAGCAGUGCAUGAGGUGCUGCAGGGCCUUCCUGGAGAGGGCCCACUAGCUGUGUUCACCUGCUGGUGCCGCAUCCGUCGUGUCCUAGCCGAGGGUCACGUCCGUAGCUCAAGGCCAGUGCUGGUACUUCCGUCCACCUGCUGUUUCUCACUUUAAAAAUAAUUGUAGAUGGAAAUCAGUGGUUGUGUUUGGCAAAAGAAUAAAUAAAUAUCUUUGGCUCAGACAGUUUAUGAGGCACAUGAAGUGUUCAUAAACCAGCGGGACCUCCCACCUUGCUCCAGUUACAGACAAAACCAUAGAACAGCCAAGUAAAACAUAGACUCUAAGGCCUGUCAGCAUGUGAGCCCCGUAAGCACCUGCCCUACCUCUUCCCUGAGUUUGUGGACAGCGUGAAAAUAAACGCGUUGUCCCUGGCACCCCUUCCACAGGGCAGUAGGAGCCCAGUCCACAGGGCUCUCAGCCUGGAUGAAUUGUGUUCAUUCACAGAUUUGUGCACACGCGUGUAUAGGGAAGAGAAAGGUUACCGAAUAAUCUUGAGCACUGUUAAUCUUGAGCUUCCUAGUUUCUGUGUAGCUUGUUCCACAAGGGAGUCGGCUUAUUUGCUCCAUUUGAGCCACAGUUAUAUCAAGAAGGCAGGACACUAUAAGCUGCUUUGUGAUUGGUUUGAGGCAUGUGUCUGCUUUUAGAUGCCAUCUACAACCCAAAUAAUGAAGAGCUGGAAAAAGUUUUUAUGUUGGAAUGCUUAAAUGUUGACAUGGUGAUCAGUAUUCUUUCCUCAGAGCUUAAUUUACAGGCAAGUACAGGUCAUUUCUGUGGGCUUGCAGAUAACUAAUCUAAAAUUUAUAUGGCUGCUUGUCAGAAAAGGCUUUUCAAAAUAAACUUGGGAAAUGAUAAAAAUACAA